AUGCCUUUCACCAAGACUGUGAAGUCGGACGCCUACUUUUCGCGCUACCAGGUCAAGUACCGUCGCCGCCGUGAGGGUAAGACGGACUAUUACGCGCGCAAGCGCAUGGUCGCUCAGUUCAAGAACAAGUACAACGCGCCCAAGUACCGCCUUGUUGUUCGUUUCUCGAACCGCUUUGUGACCUGCCAGAUUGUGCACGCUAAGAUCCAGGGUGACUGUGUGCUGGCCCACGCCUCUUCGCGUGAGCUGCCUCGCUACGGCAUUAAGCACGGUCUGGCGAACUGGACGGCUGCCUACGCCACUGGUCUUCUUGUCGCUCGUCGUGCGCUGAAGAAGCUUGGCUUGGACGAGAAGUACCCCGGUCAGGAGGAGCCCGACGGUGAGCUGGUGCACACUGAGCCUCUGGGUGAUGAUGAGCCCCGCCCCUUCAAGUGCUACUUGGACGUUGGUCUGAAGCGCACAUCAACUGGUUCGCGUGUUUUCGGUGCAAUGAAGGGUGCUUCUGACGGUGGUAUCUUCAUUCCUCACAACGAGCGUCGCUUCCCUGGUUACGAUGUUGAAUCGAAGGAGCUCGAUGCUGACCUGCUUCGCAACUACAUCUUCGGUGGCCACGUGGCUGAGUUCAUGGAGUCCCUUGAAGAGGAGGAUGACGAGCGCUUCAAGAAGCACUUCUCGUCGUACCUGGCUGAUGACAUUGGCAGUGAGGACAUUGAGGAGAUUUACGAGAAAGCCUACGAGGCCAUCCGUGAGGACCCUGACUUCCGUCCCACUGAGAAGAGCAAGGACUGGGCUGCAGAGUCGAAGAAGUACAAGCAGCCUAAGCUCACGUACGAGCAGCGUAAGGCUCGUGUCCAGGAGAAGAUCAACGCCUUCCAGCAGGAGUUCAACGUGGAUGCCGAGUAA